UGGUACCCUCCUCGCGAGCAUCCGCGAAUUUUCUUUUGGGGGGGGGCGGGGGGGCGACGUCGGGCAUGCCCGCCUCGGCGUCGCCUCGGGCGCGGCAGCCGGCGCGCUUCGCGCGCCAGGCGCAGCCAUAACGCCAGGAGCUGCGGUUCUCAAGUUUUCAGUGGAAGCCUCUGGGGAUGUCACCCUCCCCAGAGAUCCGACGUUCAAAAAUAGUUGGAGCGGGCGGUGUUCGGCUGUUUUCGGCUUCUCAGGGCCUUCGGCGGGCCUCGGGACCGUCAAAUAACGAGUCAGGACGAAACACUGGCCCUAGGGAAGUGGUCCAGACCUUUGUGGUCCACACGUCGAAAAAAAUGGAGCAGCGGGAAAGUCCCAGCGAACAUCUGCGCGUUUUUUUUUUGGGGGGGGAGCGACGUCAGGCGCCGCCCCUUCGGCGUCGCCUCGCAGCUGGCGCGCUUCGCGCGCCAGGCUCAGCCAGAACGCCAGAUCCUGCAGGAUUCUGAUCUUGGCUGAGCGGGGCUUGGGUCCCGUUCGCAGCCUUCGAGGUGGCCUUGCUACGCUGGGUUUGGGGAACCCCGCAAGAAGUUGCAGAGCAUUCUUUUUGCACAUUGACUUGUCCGGUUUGCGCUGAGCCGGGUUAGCCCACUCUCAGGGGUGCUCCAGCGCCAAGCCAGAAAGUCCGCGCGGACCCCCGAAAAUUGUGCGUAUGCAGUUUUUGUUUCUUCUGCAGUCAGGCUGCUACCAUAAGGAGUGCGAGAUGGGGAGCGACGUUUGGUAUGUACUUGUGGCUUGUUUGUUGUUGUGGUGCUUCUUUUUAGCGGGCGAAGAAUGGUAUAACAUUAAACUUGUCCGCCGUCGGGGAUGCCUGCCGCCCUUUGGACAGGCGCCCCCGAAGGCGAAACAGCUUAUUUUAUACCGUUCUUCGCCCCGAAUGUUUUUGUGCCAAGAGCGUCUGUGUGCACGAGGGGUGCCAGAGGAACAGCCAUGAAAGGACCUAAGACACAGCCAGCCAUUUCCGAGCCCGAACCGCUCCUCGUCGCUUGGCGUCUGUUUGCCGCAUUCGGGCCUCUCUUGCGGUUCCCCCAGCCCCCCGAUGUCAUGUUUUUUUCUCUCGCAACGUCGACCUCCAGAGGUCUCGACCCAUUCCCGGGGGCUGGUUUCUCAUCGCAUCGCAUUGCCAGCGGCACGGAAGCUGUCUGAACUAUCACGGUGAGCCUUUACACCUCGUGGCAAGCAUUUGGACGCCUGUUGCUGAAAGCUGUGGCCGAACAAUUUGGUUCCAUCAUUGUUAAAUCCAUGAGUUGGAAGCUCUGGCCGAGGGGCUCUGCAGCAGCACUCAGCGCCCUCCAGAGGUCUCGACCCAUUCCCCAGGACUGAUUUCUCAUCCAGAAUCGUUUUUGGACGGCCCCGAGGCCCGGCAAGGGCCCCUGGAGGCCGAAAGUCGCCCAGAACCUCCCGUCGCGAUUUUUCAUGACCCUGGGGGAUCUGGGCCUUCUGCGCUAAGACCCCUGCGCCGCUGUCGCCGUGAUCGUUGCCCUUCUGUCGAGGUUGCUUCCUGGGCAGGCCGUGCGUCUGUCCGUCUCCGAAGGGGAGGGCCCUGCCCCCCCCCCUGCGGCGGCUCCUGGGGCAUUGGUCGCCAGAGUCGUGCGCGCCAUGGUCUUCGAGUGGAGCAAGGUCGGCACGUCGUUCAACGUGGGGUGGCUCGCCACCAAGUACUGGGGUGCCCUUCUGCCUCCCGGACCAGACGAGAAUGGCAUCAAGAAGCAGGUCGAGGAGUCCGCCUCUCAGAAGGGGGGCAAGGCGGCACCAUUCCUGAAGGUGACAGACAUCGGAGUGAAGCGGAUUCACGCCGCCGACGGGGGGCUUGGGCUCCCGAACUCGUUUCUGUUAUGGCAUUGGGGUAUGAUGGUUGUCUUCCUGGUGCUCUUCUGCCUGACCUUUGUAGCGACUACCCCCAUCCCCGACGCCGAGGGGGGAUUCCCUUGGCUGACCGUCGUGCAGAAGCUCAUCGUCAUGUUCAAUAUGUGGGAGUCGCUGGGGCUCGGAGUGAUGCAUGGGCCUCUCCACGCGAAGUUCGGGCCCCCAUUUACAGAUUGGUGGUACCGGAUGACGCCAGGCACUCUAAAGUACAAUGCUCCGUUCAUGCCGUGCUUGUCCAGCAAGCGCAACUGGAUCGACGUGAUCGUGGAGGCUCCGCUCACGUGGGCCUUAACCAUCCGGUGCCUAGCUGCUCCCGAGGUCACCCCAGAGCUGAUGCUUCCUCUCACCCUCUGUGGCAUAUAUGAGUUUAUCUUCGAUUAUGGCCAGCACAUGCACACCUAUGGAACGCAGAACCUGCACUGCUUCGUCGCGAUGUGCUUCCCUAUAGAGAAGGGGCAGAUCGUGGGCAUCCAAUUGUUUCUUACCUGGUUCUACGUCUGCUCUGGCUGGUGCAAAAUCGGGCCCUGCUUCAAGUACCUCAACGUCGGGAACGCGAUGACUGCGAAGUGGAACGCAACGUGUCCAUGGGCACAAGCCUACCGGAAAGCCAUGUUCGUGAAUCACGACGAGGAUGACUACAGGUUGACCCGUUUCGCUGGGAUCAUAUCGGUGGCCAUGGCGAUGUGCGAAAUUUUAGGACCAAUGCUCUGCCUUUCGAACGACAAGACCGUUGUCUACGCCGGCCUGGUGACAAUCUGCUGUAUGCACCUGUACAUCAUCAGCACGCUGAUCAUCGACGUAUUCACCUGGAACUUCGCAGACGCAAGCUGGUACGUCAUCCUCUUCGGAAUCUUGCGGACCGGCUUCGAUUGGGCGGCGCUGCCGACGAUGGACCCGCUCCUCGCUGCUUGGCUGGGGGUGCACAUCGCGUACUCCGCGUACGGCCACUUCGUCCCGAGCCAUGUGCCCUACGUCGUGGCCCACCGGCACGCGGCGGGGAACUUCUCCCAGG